UGGGACUCCCGUAGCUUGGGAGUCAGGGCUACGAGCGCUGUAGAGGUCGGGAGCUGCUGGGUCGAGAGGCGCGGAGAAGGGAGGCAGGCUUGGUGUACUCGGAGCUGGAGACCGGGAAGGCCACCGUCCCCGGAGCCUUUACUUCAAACCUCAUUCGAAAGGGAUAGGGCAAUAGUAAUUCAGGCAGAGCUGGAAGCUAGUUGUCUCAAGAGAGAGAGAGGAGGGAAAGAAACUUGGCGCUGCUGAAGGAACGAUGGGUGUUGGCGGACAGCGAUAGGGGAGGCUGUGCAGCCUAUCGACCAGUGUUCAAGGCGCGGCUGAGCACUCCCACCUUCUGACCCUUUGCAGAGGGUGCAUUUUGGUCCCUCAGAGUUUAGUCACCAUAAGAAAUAGAACACAUUUCAGCCAUGGCCCCAAGGAAGAGAGGUGGACGGGGAAUUUCAUUCAUCUUUUGCUGUUUCCGAAACAACGAUCACCCAGAAAUCACAUAUAGGCUGCGAAAUGAUAGCAACUUUGCACUUCAGACCAUGGAGCCAGCAUUGCCCAUGCCCCCUGUGGAGGAGUUGGAUGUCAUGUUCAGUGAACUCGUGGAUGAACUUGAUCUUACAGACAAGCAUAGGGAAGCUAUGUUUGCACUUCCAGCAGAGAAAAAAUGGCAAAUAUACUGUAGCAAGAAAAAGUAAUAAAUGAAUAAAUAAAACAAAGAAAUUUUCAUGAGAUAAGAAACUACUCAGCAGGGGGUAUGGAUUGAACUGUCAAUGCCCAUGUCCAGCAGAGAAGCAAUUACAGAAGCCAGACCAUCUGUACCCCAUGAAGAUCUUUGGUCCAUACUGCCAGAGGGAUAAAGAAUAAGGAGCCUUUCAAUGGAGGGGAUAGGAUAUGGAACUCUAGUGGUGGGAAUUGUAUGGAACUGAACCACCCUUGUACCACAAUCUUGUCAAUAAUAUUAAAUCACUAAUAAAAAUAUAAUAAAAUAGACUACUCAGCAUAGAAUAGUAAGUUUUUUGAUAUAUAAAAAUUUAUAAUUUGUAUGAUCAAAAGUUUUGCAUAAAGU